AUGGGUUUGUUCGAAUCGGUGAAAUCGAUCAACUGGGAGCUCGAAUCACCUCCAGUUUACCAGGAUUUUCGUGUUCUUCCUCUCUUCGCAGUGUUCUUCCCUUCAGUCCGAUUUCUCCUCGAUAGAUUCGUCUUCGAGAAACUGGCAAAACAUUUGAUAUAUGGAAAACAGAGACAGAACAAGGGAGAUGACGCAACGGAGAGAAAGAAGAAGAUCAGGAAAUUCAAAGAAUCGGCUUGGAAGUGUGUUUACUAUCUAUCAGCUGAGAUUCUUGCUCUAUCUGUUACUUACAACGAGCCUUGGUUCAUGAACACUAAAUACUUUUGGGUUGGCCCUGGCGAUCAGUCUUGGCCUGAUCAACAAACCAAGUUGAAGUUGAAGCUUUUGUAUAUGUUUGUGGCUGGCUUCUAUACAUACUCAAUUUUUGCUCUGGUUUUCUGGGAGACGAGGCGUUCUGAUUUCGGAGUUUCGAUGGGUCAUCAUAUCGCAACUCUCAUCCUUAUCGUCCUCUCCUACGUAUGUAGCUUCUCUCGUGCUGGUUCUGUUGUUCUUGCACUUCACGACGCAAGUGAUGUGUUUCUUGAAGUCGGGAAAAUGUCAAAGUAUAGUGGAGCUGAAGGAAUCGCAAGCUUUUCUUUCAUUCUCUUCGUCUUGUCUUGGAUCGUUCUCCGACUUAUUUACUAUCCCUUUUGGAUCCUAUGGAGCACAAGCUAUGAAGUGAUUUUGGAGCUUGACAAAGACAAGCAUCCGGUGGAAGGACCAAUAUACUACUACAUGUUUAACACUCUGCUCUAUUGCUUGCUUGUUCUUCACAUUUAUUGGUGGGUUCUCAUGUAUCGGAUGCUUGUCAAGCAAAUUCAAGAUAGAGGCAAGCUUAGCGAAGAUGUCAGAUCCGAUUCUGAAGGUGAAGAUGAACACCAGGAUUGA